AUGAGAGCUAUUAUAUUUCUAUUCUUCGUCUUUAUCAGCAUUAGCUUUUGCCUUUGGUUUAUACCAAUUGGUAGUGAAGCACAUCCACUUUCACGUAAUGGUUUUGGACGAUGUCCACCAACAUGUCAUGUUUAUUGUCCAUGUGGAAAUAUGCUUGAUGGAAAUGGUUGUCCAAUAUGUCGUUGUCGACCAUCAAAUACUUGUACAGGAAGACAUCCAAAUUCAUUUGGACGACCACCAAAUUCAAAAACAAAGAUUAUAUAUUGA